AUGGAGCUCGAAGGAACCGACGAUCUCGGAAUAGCCGAUCGGGAAUGGAACAAACUUUCCAACGAUUUCGUCACCGCAGGAUACCGAGAAGGCAUAACGGAAGGAAAAGAAUCGGCUCUUCAGGAGGGAUUUGACGAUGGGUUCGCAUCGACUGGUGCACCGCUCGGUCGUCAGGUCGGUGUACUCCGAGGACAAGCGAAUGCGCUACUUGCACUGUGCACGCGACAGCACCUAGCCCAACUAGAGGUAGAAGUGCGCGAGAUCGUCCAGGGAUUGUCUCGUUUAAAGCUAUCAACGUUGGCUCCGCCCGAUAUGCAAGCGAUCGAACACGCCAGGGAGCAUGAGUCGGAUGCACCCGAUGUGGGAGACGUGGAGACCAAUAACCAAAUGGGAGACCUUGAAGAUGCAUUUGAAUCAUUGUCAACCUCCAAGUCUGCUGGAAAGGAGGACGUAAUGAGACGCUCGGUAGAGGCUAUGGCUGAACUAGACCGGCUACGCAAACGACUGGAAUCAGUCUAUACCCAGUUGACGGGAUGA